AUGGUAUCCAGAAUACUGGAGUUCACCAAGGCGAACUACAACCCUUUCCCGGGUGAAGGCUGGUGCGAUUACCUUCGUUUCGCUCUCCCCUGCUAUGAUGCGGAACUCACGGCAGAACUGGUCCUAUGGGAGAAGAUACUGGAACCGGGUACACGGUAUAUUGCGUACCGCGACGGGUCAGUCAUGAACACCCAGGCUCGAGCCCCUCCGCAACCUGGUUAG